GAUGGGACCUUACUACCAAUUUUAUAUUUAUAUCCAUGUAUACUAAAUGACCAAACACUCCUUUCAUUUCUUUUUCUCUUUUAUUAAUCAUCCUUCGCUUAUUCUCAUCUUCAUCAUCUCAUCAACAGUCACUGCCACCGGAGCUCACAUGUCCGACGCCCUUUCAUCCCUCCGCCUUCCAUGGAAGGUCAAGAUCAUAUUGACUGCCAUUGCCCUCGGAACCGACAUCUGCUGCCGUUCCGAUGUCUCAGUCAAUCGCUUCCUCGCUAACCUUUUGGAUUUCAAGUCUCCUCUUCUCAAGAAACCAAAGAACGGCGUCAAAAGCUUCGAUACCACCGUCGAUUCUUCCCGCAACCUCUGGUUCCGUCUCUACACUCCCACUAUCGAAUCGACCUCCGAAUCACUUCCGUUGAUUGUCUACUUCCACGGCGGCGGAUUCGUAUACAUGGCCCCUGAUUCCAAACUCCUCGACGAAUUGUGCCAGAGACUUGCUCGAGAAAUCCCCGCUGUAGUCAUCUCUGUGAACUACCGUCUUGCUCCAGAACAUCGCUAUCCUUGCCAGUACGAAGACGCCUUCGAUCUUCUGAAAUUCAUCGACUACAACGCUUCUGCGAUUGAAGGAUUUCCUCCGAACGUCGAUUUCAAACGCUGCUUCCUAGCCGGAGACAGCGCUGGCGGAAACAUCGCUCACCACAUGAUUUUGAAAUCUGCAGAUCACGAAUACCGCGAGUUGGAAAUCAUCGGCCUGAUUUCGAUUCAACCAUUCUUCGGAGGAGAAGAGAGAUUGGAAUCGGAAAUAAAGCUAAUAAAAGCUCCAUUAUCGACGUAUGACCGAACGGACUGGUACUGGAAGGCAUUUUUACCGGAAGGAUGUGACAGAGACCAUCCGUCGGUAAACGUUUUCGGUCCAAACGCGACGGAUAUAUCGAAUGUAAGGUAUCCGGCGACUAAAGUGUUGGUUGGAGGAUUAGAUCCGUUAAUCGAUUGGCAAAAGAGAUACUACGAAGGAUUGAAGAAAUCCGGGAAGGAAGCUUACUUGAGUGAAUAUCCGAAUGCGUUUCACAGCUUUUACGGAUUUCCGGAGUUGGCGGAAUCCAAUCUGUUCAUCAAAGAUGUUAGGGAUUUCGUAGGGGAACAAUGCUUGAAGAGAAGCAGUUGAAGGAAUCAGAAUCACGAAUUCAGCGGAUGAUGGUCAAGGAACGGUAAGAUUUAAAAGCUUUGUGCGUUUUAUUUGAUUACAAAUUAAGAACAAAUAUUAAGAUAGUGUAUGAAAAUGAUGGUUGAAGACAUGUGACUCAUUAAUAAGUACUUCUACUUGUAUUAAAUAUUUUCUAACUUACUCUCAAUCUUGUCCCAUGUUUGAAUGCAA